GGCAGAGAUGAGCCCAGCUUAGAGCACAGAGCAAACACACUGGUAACAGGACAAGUGCUUGGAAGAGCAGGCAUUCACAGCUACUCUGUGACCCUAGAAAGAAAAGAGAAGGGUCGCAGACACCUCUUUUGGAUAGAGAGAACUAGUGACAGUGAAGAGAGGUGGAGGGCAACACAUCGAAGAGGUGACAUCGCCACAACGGUGACUCACUGAGGGCAAAGAGGACUGUGAGAGACACAGGGGACGUGAGAUCAUGUUUUUUCUUAAGAGGCACAGCAGCUUGUAUUUGCCUCAGAUGUCUGGAGUGUGUGUGAACUGUGUAUGAAGAGAUUGGCUGAUGUUCUGUGCCAUGUCAAGAACUAGGAGUCUCGGGCACGCUCACUGAAGACAUGGCUCAGAAGAAAGAAAGUCAUAUGGGUCUGAAUCAACAUGAGGGCUAAAGGCCACAAGGAUGGAGGAUUGUCAUCCAGUCAGAAGACUCGACCCAUGUCAGGAGAGGGUGUGGCCUGGAAGGGUCCCCGCACGGUGGUGCUGCAAAAAAACUCUCAGGGCUUCGGUUUUACACUGCGGCACUUCAUCGUGUAUCCACCGGAGUCUGCUUUCCACACUAAUGUGAAGGAUGAGGAGAAUGGCAAUGACAAAGGAGGUCAGAGGCCUCGUCUGGAGCCAAUGGACACCAUCUUUGUGAAGAAUGUGAAAGAUAAAGGCCCAGCCCAUCAGGCUGGCUUGUGUACAGGAGACAGGCUGGUGAAGGUGAAUGGAGAAAGCGUGCUGGGGAAAACUUAUUCUCAGGUCAUUGCAUUGAUUCAGAAUAGUGAGAAUAUGCUGGAGUUGUCCAUCAUGCCUAAAGAUGAGGAUGUGCUACAGUUGGUAAGUGCAUAUUCUCAAGAUGCUUACUUGAGAGGGAAUGAGCCAUACACUGGAGAAGCCCACAACCUUCCAGAACCUCCUUUGAUCUGCUACCCAAGCAACAAAUCCACCUCCACUACCCAGAACCACGGUCUUCCUGAUAACCUGAACUGUAAACCCAAGCCCCCUCUAGAAAAAUGCUCUGGAGGAGACAGCUCUGGGAUCUUUGGACAUGCCUUAGAGGGCGUAGCGACUCCGCGCGUUCCCCCCAGCCAUCAUCAACUGACACACCACCGUGCCCGCUCCUUCUCCUCGGCAGGGAUAACAAUGAGCCCGCUAGACUUCCACUUUGCCAACCACAAUGCAGCCAUUGCCUCCGCCACUCUCCCCCACCCUAGGAAAGGCAGUCUUCCGCAAGCCCGCAGUGAACUGUGCCACCAGGCUCUGUCUGAUUGGUAUUACAGUCAAGCGGAGCGCCCAGGCCUUGCUAUGUCACAUCAACAUCGGAGCAUCUCUCAAGACCGACUGUCUGAGCUGGGAUUUGCAAUGGGAGGUUCUCAUGGUGGAUGGCCACACAGUGCCUCUCAUGACACCCUUUUGCACCACUACAGUGCAGCAAUUGGGCCCAACCACUCCCCUCGUACGGACUCUUUCGGGCUGAGCAGAUGGGGCAUGCCUGGAGGUCAGACCUCAAGCCGUUCCUGCUCAGAGAACCUGCUGACUGGUUACACUUGGUAUGAGCAGAGUUAUGUCCAUUCGGCAGAGACUCUAGGAAAGGCAUCCGUUUUGAUCUCACCACGCUAUGAAAGACCAGCCUGGCCUCAUCAGAACAGUCCGCCAAUGAAGACUGAAGAGCCCCCCAGCCUGGUCAAUCAUCAUGCAGUCAUUUCUGCAACAGUGCCACUCUCAGGGCGAGCCUCAAGCCCUGCCCAUCAGCAGCAACAGAUGGGACCUCAAUCACAGCAGGCUGCUCAGAUCAAAAGUUUACCUGCACAAACUGUAGAUGACCAGACAAUAGGCUAUCGUAGCUAUAGCCCCUCCUUCUGCCGAAAGGCCAGCCAUCUUAUGCAGCAGUCACACUCCUUCAGGGAUCCAUUGUACACUGGACCUCACCUCAGCUGGACCCCUAAAACCAGCUCCCCAGAAAGUGUGUCUUCCUCAGGACAUGAGUCCUCUCCUCAGCCACUGCCCCCCACAGCAGAGCUCCAUGACGUAACAAGAACAGGCUCAGGGGUUGGUGGGCUUGAAGAAGAGCCUGUUCAGGCUCAGAUUCAGGAGGUGGUCCUCAGACAAAAGCCCCCUUUAGGUAGAAAGACCCCUCAUGGGUUGCGACAUUCCCAAUAUGUUUUAUCUGUGGAUUCGUCUGAACCUCUUUCAGCAACAGCCCCAGAAUCACGCUCAGGAGACCCAGCGCAACAAAUUAAUGGUGUACUUGCACCCCUGCCUGUGGAGCAGGACUCCCUGGCUGCCAUCCCUUUCAUAGAUGAGAUCACCAGUCCCAGUGUAGACCUUUGUGCCCGCCAUGUGCCAGCGUCUUCUGUGGUGUCCAGCAGCCUAUGCCAAGCGUCUGUCCACAGCAACAGCCCUGUCUCUCCCAUCCUCACCUCCCCUACCAGCCUCCUCUACACAGACUGCAGGAAAAUCAAAAACAGCCGUCGCUCCUCCUACUUGCUGGCCAUCACUACGGAGCGUUCUAAGUCAUGUGACGAGGGCCUGAACACCUUCAGGGAGGAGGGUCAUGUCUUCUCGAGACUACCAAAAAGGGUCAAAAGCUUUUUCACAGAUGGAUCUCUAGAGAGUCUUCGAGCAGCAGAGGAAGCACGCUCUAAACGUCACUCCACUUCUGAACUGGGGAGCAUCACUCUCACUGACAUCAGGAAGGAAGGCUGGCUGCACUAUAAACAGAUACUUACCGAGAAGGGAAAGAAAGUGGGUGGCGGCAUGCGUCCAUGGAAACGUGUCUUUUCUGUACUGCGCUCCCAUUCGCUCUUCCUUUACAAGGACAAGCGGGAGGCUGUACUUUACGCAGCCGGAGCAGGAGGUCACGGCAACGGACAAGGCGAGGAUGAUCAGCCAAUCAGCAUUCGAGGCUGCCUGAUUGACAUUGCUUACAGCGAGACAAAGCGCAAGCACACCUUGCGUUUGACGACGCAAGACUUCUGCGAGUACUUGUUGCAGGCAGAGGACAGGGAUGACAUGCUGAGCUGGAUCAGAAUCAUCAGAGAGAACAGCAAGACUGACAAUGAGGAACUAGGUUUCUCCAGACAGGCACUCAUCAAUAAGAAGCUAAAUGACUAUAAGAAACAGAGUCAAACAGGCAGUAGGCCAGACACUUCUCCUAGGAUCCAUCGAAUGAUACAACCUUUUCUCCACUCUAAGACUGAGAACACAUCAGGAGUGAACCGUACCCCAGGGAAAGAUGACAGUAAUCCCCCUAAGGCUCCAUGGGGAAUUAACAUCAUGAAAAAGGGAAAGAAAACUGGUCCAAAAGUCUUUGGGGUAAGGCUGGAGGACUGCCUGCCUGCUGCCAAUAAUAAGUUUGUCCCACAGAUCGUGGACACUUGCUGUCAUCUUGUGGAGGUGAUGGGUUUGGAAUAUACUGGCAUUUACAGAGUGCCAGGGAACAAUGCCAUGGUGUCUUCUCUUCAGGAUCAGCUCAACAAGGGCCUGGACAUAAACACUGCUGAGGAGAGAUGGCAAGACCUGAACGUCAUCAGCAGUCUAUUAAAGUCUUUCUUAAGGAAGCUUCCAGAACCUCUCUUUACAGAUGAAAAAUAUAAUGACUUCAUUGAUGCCAACCGUUUGGAGGACGCAGGGGACCGCUUGAAAACUAUGAGGAAACUAAUACGUGACCUUCCAGAUCACUACUACCACACUUUGAAGUUUCUAAUUGGUCACCUGAAAACAGUUGCAGACCAUUCAGAAAAGAAUAAGAUGGAGCCCAGGAACCUGGCACUGGUUUUUGGUCCCACACUGGUGCGGACCUCAGAAGACAACAUGACCGACAUGGUCACUCACAUGCCAGACCGCUACAAGAUCGUAGAGACUCUCAUUUUGCAUCAUAUUUGGUUCUUCAGUGAUGAGCUGGAUAAGGAUGAGAAGACACCAGAGGACCAGCAGGACAUACAGCCUGUUCCAAACAUUGACCACCUCCUGUCAAACAUUGGGAGGAUGGUGCCACUGGGAGACUCCUCAGAUUCCACCAACAGCGACUCAGCUAAAUCUAAGGGAGCGUCGACUUCCAAGAAAGAGAAAGACCUGAGUGCCAAGGACUCCCUCCCCCUGUCCAUCAUAUCAGAUGUGACUCGGAAGAGAAAGAAACGCCAGAGCACCUGCCCUUCAGGCAGCAGCUCUGAUGAGGACUCUGAGCACGAGCCAGUCAAAGCCAGCAACUAUGAGGAGAUGAGUGAGGACAGAGAGGGGGAAAGCAAAGCAAGGCAAUGUGAACACCCACCACAAUCGGCAGAAGUCAAUACGGAAUUAGGUGAGAUGGAGGGAACACGAAAACAGGUGGAAGAGGACCAAGUAGGAGAGAGCUUAACGGAAGAGAAGAAUGUCAUUCCACAGAAGGGGGAGGUUAGUAAAGAAGACAAGGUGCCUGAGAGAGAACAGACCUGUCGGAUUCGAUCUCGGCGACCUCGAAGCUUCCUAUAUUCACAACGUCAGAGUGUGUCAGGGCUCAGAGCCUCAUCACAGCCAAGCAACUCCUCUUCCUCAGCCUGCUCCAACCCACCGCAACCCUCAAGUAUUACCGCAAAUCUCACCCGGAGGAAACUGAGAGGAGAGAGAGUGCGACCUCACUCGCUAUACGUGGAGCGGAGCAGGACUGGAGAGGAGCAGGGCUUGGGUAUGCUUCCUGUCACUCACAAUCACUUUUUGGGAUUCUCUAGAGUCAAAGCCACUCUUAUUAGAGGUCAAGAGAGGUUGCGUCAAGCAGUGUCGCCUAGUAGGAGCAGCAAGGAGCCAUCUUACCAGCCAGGCUGGAUGAGCCAUAAGCAGGGUAGUCUCCUGGCUCCAACUGAUGGCUUGUGGGAAGUAGCGGAUCAGCAGCGGCCGGGCUCACCAGAGACACGGUGCAGGAGAAGAGACUGGAGGCGCCACACAGUGUUGGUUAAUAUGCCUGGGAGGGAUGACCAAACAUUCUAAAUGCGCUGUCCUUAUCAUAAUGUCACAAGGCUAAACAUCUUAAUGGUCCUAAUUGUAUGCUUUAUUUUCUAUUUGUGAAAUAUUAUUUAUUUAUUUUUUUGUAUUGAUUUGGGCUUAAAUAUCACCAGGACAACAGGUUUCAUGAGAAUGUGCCAAGAGGAGGACUUCUAUGGCAGCUUCUAAAGCCACUUUUUGUAUUGUCUUAUCAAUGCUUAUGUCAAAACUAUAUGACAGAGCAACAUUCUAAUUCUAUAUCAACAAUGGGUUGCACACCAGCUAAGCAGUAUUUUUAAACACAAUGUGGCACCUAGUCUCAGGUGAAGCAAUCUUAAAAGAGUAAUGGGAUGGCUAAACAGUUUGUGAAAAUACCUCUCGACUGUUUCUUAAAAAAAGAUGUCUGGAGUUUUUCUUCUUGCCUUGCAAAGGAAUACCUGCCCUUUAAAAAAUGGCCCAUUGCAAUGAAAGCUGUGUUAGUGUCAGAAUUGCACAUAAAAGUCAGACUAAGAGACAUCAAAGCAUUUGUCCUGGAAUACCAACUCACUGUGCUCAUCUUCUUUCCUGUCUAUUUGCUGUUUCACUCCAAAAUAGCUUUGAUAAAACUGUGGAAGACAGCAAGUGUGUUUGUCAACUUCAUAUCCCCGUGAUCUAAUAUCCUAUUCAACAAACUAAGUGUUAUGUUUGUUUUACCCGCACCUGUGCAUGUACAUAUAGUAUAUGGGUGAUUGUGUGGACCAACUUUUGUAACAAAUGUACAAAGCCUUGCUAAGUUAACCUCUGUUUACAAAUGAUAAAUAUGAUAUAAUAUAUAAUAUUAUUUGUUUUCAAUUGUUUCUUUCUUAUUGUGCAAUCCUCUGUAUACUGGUUU